CAUGUAUAUGCUCUUUUACAACUGCACACAAAGCCUGCCCAGGCAGACCUCAAUGUUCAGGUCAGCUAACUGACAAACAAAAUGGGAAACAUUCCUCCUUUGCAUCUGUCAGAAUUAAAUUGCAGUAUUUUUUUAUAAUUACUUAUCAUCUCAGGUGUAUGUUUACUAUAGCACAUAUCAAAAUAAUAAACUACUUAAAAAGAAAGAAACAUAAAUAUAUAUUGUCUCUAUCCAGGUUUACAGGUUGUCCAUGGGGGCUGCAUGUGCAAUUUCAUGGCCAGCAGAUCGCCUCAUAAUUCAGGUUCUUGAUGAUUCAACAAAUGAAGUUUUAAGGAUUUCCAGCCUGAAGAGGAUUUCCUGUGGAGGACCAUUCCAUAUCUGCUUGAGAAUCCAGACUUGGGCUUGGUUCAGGCUAGAUGGAAAUUUGGAAAUGUCACUCGAUUAUCACUAGUGUUGAGCAAGAAGUAGGCUCGUCAACAUGUUCAUUCUUCGGAUUCAAUGGAACUGCAGGUGUAUGGCGACUCCAAGCCAUAAAAGAUGCUGGUGGAUGGAAAGAUCGAACCGCAGUGGAAGACAUGGAUCCAGCAGUCAGGGCUAGCUUAAACGGUUGGAAGUUCAUCUUUGUUGGGGACCUUGGAGUAAAGUUUAUAAACAGUUGGAAGUUUGUCUUUGUUGGGGACCUUGGAGUAAAGUUUAAACGCACAAUCGUGACUUUCACUUAGCAGUAGUCGUAGUAUAAAUGAGCAGUCGAUGUUAAUCAAUGUUAGAAAUAAAUAAUAUGAAGCAAAUAGAACAAGUGAUAUUUUAUUUUGUUUUGGAGAUUUAAAUAUUAGAAAUAAAGAUAGAAUAAAGUGUGAUAUAACAAUAAGUAACAAGUAGGAAGGA